UCUGUCGGCAUUGCAGAGAUAGAUGGGAGAAUAUAACAAGAGCAGCGUGAAAAAGGCGAGGCUGAAUUCGGUGCUGACAACGUUGUUGGAGGAUCCAAUACUUGGCGAUGUUCCUAAGAACCCAACGUUGAUGGAUGUUGACACUCUUAUCAGCCUUGAAUUGGGGAGUGCCAUGCGCAUUUCUGUACUCAAAUUGGAUGGAGAUUCAUUUGAUGUGAUAGUGAUGAAUUCAGCAACACUCAAGGAUUUGAAACUUGCCAUCAAGAAGAAAGUAAAUGACAUGGAACAAUCCAGCAUGGGUCACCGCCAUAUUUCUUGGAGGCACGUAUGGGCAAAUUAUUGCUUGUCAUUUAAUAACAACAAGCUCUUAGUGGAUGAUGCUGCACUUCAAAAUUUUGGUUUACGAAAUAAUUCUCAGGUACACUUUGUCCCCUAUGUCACUACAAAAGAGUUUCGGAGGCACUCGAAGAGGAGAAAACACCGUUUUUUUCAUGGGCUUAAUAAGCUUUCCUGAUCAAAGAGUGCUGUUAGAGCAACACAUGACUGAGUCUGUUAGCUGUUACUGUUAGUCAAUUAUGAUAUGAUAUUUCAAUGGAGGAAUAUGUUUGAAAUUCCUAUGUUGAGCUGCAACUACCUUGUCGGAGGCUACUAAUAGAUAGGAGGUGUAGUAUUGCUUGCCGGCCUAUCGUCGAGCUUCUGCUGCUGGUCUUAGUUUAAACGCUUUUAUAUAUGUUAACUAUUGGUACGUAAUAUAUUUCUAUACAAAUAUUCCUCAAUUUUGUUGCAAACAAGCUUAUCCCUUUGCGCCUAUCCUUUAAGGACAAACAAUCAUUGUUUAA